GGCCAGAGGUGCAGCCACAGGCAAUGAUUUACCAGCCCGUGCCCCCGCCCGCAGACCUUUGAGCUGGGCCUGGCGCUGCUCUGUGUGGCGAUGCUGUCCCUGGGGUCCUGGCUGCCCGCGUGGCCGGGGCUGGCGUGGGGCUGGGCGCUGCUGGACGCAGUGCUGCGAGGGCUGGUGGGGGCCUGCGCCACCUCGGUGCUCUGCAGCCUGCUGAGGGUUUAUCUCUACAUCCAGUGCCUGAACGACCCGGCACGGCAGGACCUGCGGGUGGCCCUCGGGGCGCGGCGGUUGGUGCUGGAGCCGCUGCACGUGCUGGUGCUGACGGCCAUCCUGGCGCUGGUGGGCUCCCGCGUGGCCGCGCUGGUGGUGCUGGAAUUCUCCCUGCGCGCCAUCUCCACGCUCCUCUCCCUCAGCAAGGGCGCCCACAGCAUCCAGCUGCUCGUGCUGUGCCAGUUCUCGCUGGGCUGCGGGCUGUCCUGUGGCCUCAGCUUCCUGCUGGAGGAAGCUCCCCAUGGGACCUGCAACCUGGUGCUGGCGGCGGGGCUGGCGGGGCUGCUGGCCGUGCACACCCGCCGCUUGGCCCUACACACCUGCACGCUGUAUGAGCUGCACAGCCGAGCGCGGUACUGCGGCGUCUGCAUGCUGCUGCUCACCUCUGGGCACGGCGUGCCCCGGCUGCUGCGCAAGGCUCUGGUUGUCACCUUCGUCGUGGCUGACCUGGCCGCCGUCGCGCUCAUCAAUCGUGAUUUCCUCUCGACGGCGGAGGCCGUCCGCUUCUGGACGCCGCUCACUAUCUGCUACACGCUGCUCGUCGUUUACAUGCAAGAGGAGCAGCGGUCAGGCACGGGCACGCAGGCAGCCUACCAGACGGUGCUGGUGCGCAUGGGAGGCCUCUUCGUCCUCCUCUUCACCGUGGGCCGCUGGACAGACCUACUCCACAUCUUCCUCUCGCUGCUGGGCGAGCUCUGGUGCCUGCUCCACACCGGCGUCCUGCUGGAAGCUUGCCGGCAGUGGGGUUUCUCCUUGCAGCAUCGACUGUCAUCAGGAUCGUCCUGAGGUGUAAGCAGGGAUGAGGAACUCAGAACAGCUCCCUAAGUCCUCCCUGCUGUGCUGGACAGCCGCUGUGGGGACACGGGAACACAGGGGAAGGGGCUCCUGGAAGGUGCUGAUCCCAUCCCGUUGGAUAUGUGGAUGCUUGUACAGCCCCUGGCUUUUGAGGCCCCCAUCCCCAUGGUUGUGAUUGGGCUGGGGUCACCUCCCUCGUUCUGCUGCAGGAUGUGGAAUGCAGACAGAUGCACUCAUCCUCAGGGGCUGCCAGGCUGCACCACUGAGGUGCUCCGAGGGACCUCUGGAACUUCAUAAAUCAUGGAAAAAAAGAAAAAUUGUUUUAUUCCCAGUCAAUGCCUGGGCAGAGCGA